CAGGAAGCUUAAGUCGAGUCCCGAUUCAAAUCUCAAAUAGACAACCUUGGCGACUACUCCAGGACCCGGUUAAUGUGUGUGAAUUUUAAACUGCUUCUUUUGUCUAAGUUGACCGUUUUUUCAAUGUCGAAUGCAGUGGGCACCGCGUUCGACAUACAAAUACAAGACGACAUCGUUGGUGUGAUCACCAUUGGAGACGAGAGACGCCUCUUCGGAUUGAUGCUAAAGGAGCUACUAAGCUAGCUGCUACUAUAAUGGCCGCUAAGCCGAAGGAGAAACUGUCUAAAAGCUCACUCGGAGAUGACAAUAUUUUCGGCAGCUCAUUUGAUGAUGACAUACUGCCGGUAAGAAGGAAAUCAGGACGUGGUGGAUUACUACACGGAUCUUCUGAUGCUGACCACAUCUUCAGUAUGCUCGCAGAAGAGGAUGCAGACAUUACUGCAACAGCUGCCAUUGACAUACUGGGGAACAUAAAGCCCAAACAAAAACCUUAUGAUAAUGACGGCUUCAUACAAGAACUAGAUAUAGCGGCGGAUGUAAAACCAGAGGAAGCAGAUGAAGCCACCACAGGAGGGAAGAAGAUAACCCCAUCUGCAGCACGGACCAGGAAGUUCAGCUUCUCGGACCUGGAUGAUGACCUGGACGAUAACUUAGUUGACCUUCUCGAUGGCUUGCCUUCAAAUAAAAGCAAGACGCAAUCCAAACCCAGCUCACAGGCGACCAAGCCUGAAAAACCCCUACCUUCACAUGCAACAACUCAAGCCCAAAAGAAGGAAACAACAAAUGCUGCAAAGAAACAGAGUGAUCUCACAUUUGAUGACGAGAAAGAUGAUUUAAUUGACGACCUUGGCUUGGACAGUGAUAACAAGAAUCCUGAGAAACAAGAACAUUUGCUGUGGUCCAACGUGGAAAGUGGCGAGCAUCCCCAGAGAAUUCGCACAAGGCUCGAUGAGAUUCUGGAGAAUAAUUCUCGCAGUGUGGAGUGGUCACCCACAGGUGCCAAGAAGGACCCGCCUCCGUCACGGGAGAAGAACUACAAUUUGAAAGACGCCCUUUUAGAAGACGAUCGAAUAUUUGGAUCCUAUCAGCCCACUGUGGGAGCCCCUCCUGCAGGGCACCAGUUGCGCAAGCAGUCCAUCAGAUUCUCGACAGAGAAUGUCCGUCCUUCCAGCCUCGAAAAGAAGCCGCCCAUCUGCCCGACAUCCACUCGACCCCGCAACCCAGCCGACUGGCUGUGUCUCAAAGGAAGCGAUGAGCCCGGCGACCUGGAAGAUGACGUCAAAGAGAAGAAGACCUCAUCAGAGUCUCCCAAAUCUCCGUCCUCGCCUUUGUUGGAGAGAAAGCCCGCUCUGACGGGCGGCCCAAAAGCACCUGCUUCUAAAAUAGAAGGAGAUGUCCCCCUGUCGGACUCCCCAAAAACAGCAAAGCCAGACACCACCAGAAGCCUGAAGAUAAAGGAUGAUGUUGACGACUGGUUAGUGGGCGCUCUUAGCAGGAGGAGGUCUCUCACCGGAUCCAACUCUGACGCCAAAGUCUCCAAGCAGGAGCAGUCUUUGGGCCUGGGAGAAGAAGUGGAUCUGGAGUUGCUUGUGAGUAAGGAAGCCACUUCACACACAAGCAGGGGCAGAGACAACAUUGUUGGCUCCUCCCUCGGACAACCUCGCCCUGCUUCACAGUCUGCUCCAAACAGAGAUGAGAAAACCAAAGAAGCACUUUUACAGCCAAACCAGUUACCUAACUCAUCAGCUGCGAUCCAGCAACAGAUGCCCUUUUCAGCGGACAGCCUGCAGCAACAAUUGUUACUACAGCAGCAGAUGAUGCAGUCGCUGGGGUUCCGAGGUGUUUUGGAUGUUGCGGGGCUGCAGAGACAGCCAGCUGCAGAGGACCAGGAUUUACAGGCUCGCAUCAUCCAGCUUGAGAUACAGAUUAAGACCUUGCAGCUGGAACGAGACCAUAGCCAGAUGUUACUGGAGAGUGCCCUGCAGCGGCAUCAACAGGACAUAGAACUCAUGGAAAACGCCCACAGGACUCGCGUUAAGCUUCUCGAAGAAUCGACCGCUCAGAGGGAGACACGGAUGCGUCAGGAGUGCGAAGACCUCAUUGAGCGCUUGGCCACACUAACGCAAAGCGCAGAGAAGGAGCGCUCGGCCCUGCAGGCGCACUACCAGCGCAAACUGGCCCAGUUCCUGCAAGACCAAGACCGUGACGUAGAGAGACUGAGAGAUCUGCAGAGAAAAUCUAUUCUGGAGAUGAAGAAAGACCACGAAGACCAUGUCAAUAGACUGAAAAGAUUAAAAGAAGAGGAAAUUGAUGCAGUUACAAGUGCAACGUCUGAGACCAGGUCUCUGACUGUCGUGAUCGAGAAGAUGGAGCAGUUCUCUACUCGUCUCGGAGGUCUCUCCACUCUGGUUGAGAGCAGACAUGAGCACACGAGCCAAGACUUGGAGCAGGGGGCGCGGCACAGAGAUGAGCAGCUUCGAAUCAUGCAGGACCGUUUGGCUCAGCAGCAGAAAGCAAUGGCUGAGGAGAAGGCUUGCCUGAAGGAGAUCAUUUCCAGGAUGGACACUCAGAUCAAUGAGCAGCAGCGACAGCUUGAGAAGGAGCGCUGGAAGGUGACCGCGGAGCAGGCCAAGGUGGAAUCCUCCCUAAAAAGCCUGGAGGAUGAGCGACGGUCCCUGACGACGCAGAUGAACAUGGAGCGAGAGGAGCUGGAGAGAGCCAAGAGCGCGUUACUGGAGGAGCAGAAGUCGGUGAUGCAGCAGUGUGCAGACGAGAGAAGGAAACUGGCCGCCGAGUGGAACGUCUUCCAUGCCCAGGAGAAACAGAGGCGAGAGAGGGCCGAGCAAGACGUCAGCACGCUGCUGGACAGGAGGGAAGGCUCCAUCAUGAGUCUGGCACAGGAGCAAGCUGAUUUGAAGCUUCGUAGCGGAGAGCUGAAACAAAGGGAGGUGACCGUGGCUCAGGAAAGAGAAGCUCUGGAACAACUCCGAGCGGAACUGGAUCGGGAAAAGGAAAGAAUAAGCAGCACCGCUCUGAGGCUGAAGAGUCGAGCACAGGAGGUGGAUUCCUUCAGCAAGAUGGCAGCAGAAAAGUAUGGGGAAGGUGAGCAGGCCUUGCAGGAAGCCAAACGUGUGGAGGCGGAGCACCAGGCAAGGCUAAGAAACAUCCAUUCCCAGAUCGAGAAGCUGAGGCAGCUUGAACAGCGCACUAUUCAGGAGCGACUACGGUUACAUCAGCCGCAGAUCAGUGAGAAGGUUCAACCCAACCUACCCUCUGGAACACAAAGCAAUCCGACUGUUUUAACAGGUACAGUCAUAGCAGAAACCAAGCUGGCACCAACACUUAAGACCACUAAGUCAUUGCCCGAUCCUCAGUCUCUGGCACGCCUGGCGAUAUGGAAGUACAACGAAAUAAAGGAACAGCACUACUUGCAAGAGCAGCAGAUCUUCCUCAACAACUUGAAGAAAAAGCCUCACAGAAACAAGUCACAUUGGACCCAUGCAGUUACUCCGCCCAAAUCGAGCAUCACCUAUAAAUGGACACAAAACAGGACAUUUUACAAACUGUCUUAAGUCAGCAAGUUACAUUUAAUUUCGUACCAAGCCUCAGGUUACCAUGACUCAACAUUGAAGUUCAGACAGGGAUAACUUUUAUCAUCACUGGCUUGAUGAACAUGAACAUUUUCACAGUAUUUACCUGUCCACUGAUGAUCCACUCGCAGCAGUUUGUAGAUGCUAAACACAAACAUCACUUUGUCAGCUCCAGUUUAUUGUACACAACUUAAGGAAAAAUCUUUGACUAGUUCUCAGAACAGCUUUUAGCAAUCGUCAGUUAUCGCAUCAGACGGCACUUCCUGUUAUCAUCAAUGAGUUCAGAAGAAAGUAGGACAUUUCAGUAGUUUCAUACACACCUCAAUCUGACAUGGAACAUCUGGAGCAGAAACCUAAAACAAAACAUUUAGUGAGUGAUGGAUCAACUAUAUUCUAUAUUCUCACGUCUACUGCUUAGUCAAGGGGUCGGCAACCCAAAAUGUUGAAACAGCCAUAUUGUACCAAAAAUAAAAUCUGUCUGGAGCCGCAAUUUUUUUUUUAUAGCUUUUAAUAAGUGUUAUAAAUAAGGCAACAAAUGCUGUAUGUGUCUAUAAUAACCUACAAUCAGAAUGACUGUCACAGGCUGAUGCAAAUCUUUGUUGACAGAAAUGUUGAAAUGUAAUAUUCUGAAUAUUUUAACAACGAUGGAAAACAAUAGUAAAAUGGUGGCUUUUCAGAGGGUGAGAUAAUUCCUGGAAAUGACUGGUUUAGAAUGCAAAUGUAAAGAUGUGUGUUUCCAAGUUGAAGGAAACUACAAAUAACCUCAAGUAUACCUAAAAUACGAGGAAUUAUGUACAUGCAGCUACCGUAAAAGGCAUCGAUUAGCUUGCAGCACAAUACCAAAGGCGCGCAAUUUGCAAAUUUAACUUCAAAUGACAUAAAAUGUUUAUUGGAUUCAUCACUAUACAGUGUACAUCCACGACAGAACUACUGACUAAACUUGGUUUACUAUUUAUAAAAUUUAAUGUAGGGUUACCUGGAACUGGAAAUAGGCCACCCCGCCUGUAUCCACACUUGGUAGUAGUAGAGUCAGUAGUUUAGUCGUGGAUGUACACUGUAUAGUGAUGAAUCCAAUAAACAUUUGAUUUGACAUUAAAAUUACGUGCCAUUUACCAAUGUGUGCUUACAACACAGCGACCAAAUAGGCCUGAUUAGCACUGCACAGGUCAUUAACAUUAACAAAGCUCACUUUUGUGAAUUCACACACGGCAUAGGACAUUGGAUGGACAUUUGUGGCAUUAAACAUAUUUCCGUGGCAGCAUCGGAGAAAGUUAAACAUGCAAACAAACUAUGGUGCGUUCAAUGACUUCUGAUAUCAGGACAAAAAGGCGCGUGCCAAAUAAUCUCAUCAGUGAAGCAUGUUUCAUACAAACAGUGGGAUAACAAACAUUUAGGAAUGUUUGUGUCAUUUUUUUCCUCCUACAGAAACCAUAAUAAAACAAAAAAUAUAUAGUUUUCCCUCUUCAUUGUCCAUACAUUUUAUUGAUAGAUUGGGCGGCGCUACAGAACAGCGUGUUGCCGACCCCCGACUUAGUCAGAAAACAUUGUCUUCCACAUGUGGUCUUCGGACAGGGAUAACAAGACUCAUCACGUUUUACAGAGCAGAUUAAUACAAAUCACCAAAUGUCCUAACUUACCUGUCAGAAGAUGCACGGCUGCAGGCGUGACCACGUGUUGCUCGCCUUGGAGCUAGCAUGCUAACAAGCUGGCGCGUACAACUUCACAUUCCCGUCAAAACGGUAGUUUUUCACGGAGGGUCGUGAACUACAAUCAGCAUCAUAGUUGAACAAAAAGACAUACAAAUGUAUGACAAAAUGCAACACGAUAAAGAGAUUGAUGGUCGCGUCCGAGACCACCACGGUGGAGAGAGCAAA